UAUUAUAUCAUUUAAGUGCUUCUGACGGAAGUCAGAAUCGCGUCAGUUGAGCUUCACGUCCUACCGUGUCUUAACGCCGAGUCUGUUGCCAGUCACUUCAUGGAACGAAAGACGCAAUGAAAGCUGACCGAGAGUGUCUUCUUGAGUGAGUCGGUAUGCCCGAUGCGUGUGUUUCAGAGAAGGCCAUGGCUCGUGGGCAGCAGAAGAUCCAGUCUCAACAGAAGAACGCAAAGAAAGCAGCUGAGAAGAAGAAAGCUCAAGGAGCGGAUCAGAAGACUGCAGCCAAAGCAGCGCUGGUCCACACAUGUCCUGUCUGCAAGACACAGAUGCCAGACCCAAAGACCUUUAAACAGCAUUUUGAAAGCAAACACCCAAAAUCUCCUAUGCCCCCUGAGCUGGUGGAUGUUCAAGCCUAAAGGACACAAGAAGCCAACAUGGACCUAAAACAGGGACCCUGAGGAAUGAAACAUGAUUCGACUCAGCCGACUGACUCGACUUGCUGUAUUUCACAAACAUAGACUGUGGACCAUGUGGACACAAUGACAAGGAGAUCUUAGGACGGACUCAAGCACACCAGCACACAUAUAUAUAUAUAUAUAUAUUUUUUUUUAUUUUUUUAUAUGUGCAUAUUUCUUCCAUCUUUUCAAAGUGUGCUGUGACCUAACCGUCUCAUUGCCAUGUGCUUAAACUCGCCAUAUUUAUUCACCACUUUCCCAAUACCCCGUGGCACUUCGUCCCUGUAAAGUUUGAAAAAAAAUGAUUAGGUGCUGCAAUGUAUAAAAAUGUAUGUGCCCUGAUCUUUUUGCUGUGAACCAAAAUGGAGAGGGGCACCAAUGUGUGUAUUAUUAAUAGUACUGACCAGGAUUGGGAUUGAGAUGCAUUGACAUGCUCAAAAUAAUCACAAAUGCUGUAAAUUUGCACCUGUUCAAGCAGUCAGAAUAAUAUCUGAGUCAGGACCCACGGACAUGCUUUUGUUACUUUGUUUUCUAAAGUUUUCAAUAAAUGUUUAUGCAUAUAG